CAGGCUCACCAUGCAGAGCCACUGAGACGUGCGUGUCCUCAGCUCCUGGUACAGAGUACACACCCGUGAGGACCUGCUCCAUGGGCUUCCGAAUCAAGGAGAACCUGCUUUUGAAUCUCAGAAAGGCUCCGAGAAGCAGGGUCAAGGCCAGGGAGACGAUGGUCUCAGUGACUAUGGCCACAUCUGAGUGGAUCCAGUUCUUCAAGGAGGCCGGCAUUCCCCCGGGGCCCGCUGUGAACUACGCCGUCAUGUUUGUGGAUAAUCGGAUCCAGAAGAGCAUGCUGCUAGAUCUCAACAAGGAAAUCAUGAACGAGCUGGGCGUGACUGUCGUGGGUGACAUCAUUGCCAUCCUCAAGCACGCCAAGGUGGUACACCGCCAGGACAUGUGCAAAGCUGCCACUGAGUCAGUGCCCUGCAGCCCCAGCCCCCUCCAGGGCGAGCUUCGCCGUGGUGCCUCCAGUGCCGCUUCUCGAAUGAUCACCAACAGCCUGAACCAUGACUCCUCACCACACACUCCUCCAAGGCGGUCAGAUACCAGCACCUCCAAGAUCUCCGUCACCGUGUCUAACAAGAUGGCAGCGAAGAGUGCCAAGGCUGCUGCUCUGGCCCACAGGGAGGAGGAGAGCCUGGUUGUUCCCGCCAAGCGGCGGCGAGUCACAGCUGAGAUGGAGGGAAAGUACGUCAUCCACAUGCCCAAGGGGACCACCCCCCGCACCCGCAAGAUCCUGGAGCAGCAGCAGGCGGCAAGAGGUCUCCAUAGAACAUCCGUGUUUGAUCGCCUUGGUGCUGAGACCAAAGCCGACACAACAACAGGCACUAAGCCCACAGGAGUUUUCAGCCGCUUAGGGGCCACCCCAGAGAUGGAUGAGGAUCUGGCUUGGGACAGUGACUAUGACAGCAGCAGCUCUGUCUUGCAGUAUGCUGGGGUCCUAAAGAAGCUAGGACGUGGCCCAGCUAAGGCCAGUCCCCAGCCGGCGCUGCCUGUCAAAGCCAAGGCCAGUCCCCAGCCAGCACUGCCUGUCAAAGCCAAGGCCACAAGCUCUGCAGCUAUAACAACAGCUACCACUCCAAAGCUGCGGCGCCCAGCACUUCCCUCUCGCCCUGGGCCGGAAAAGAAGCCAGAAUCCCUGCCCAAAGUCAGCAUCCUUCAGAGACUGGGCAAGGCUGCCGCUGUGUCUGAGGCACAGGACAGCCGAGUCACAAGCACCCUGAGUAAGUCCUCAGCUGCGGUCACGCUCGCCGUUAAGAGGACUCUGGUAGGGCCCCGGGGGAACAGCUCCAGCGAGAGCCUUGGUGCCCAGAUGGACCACACAGGCACUGUGAGCGUGUUCAGAAGACUGGGCCGAAGGACCUUCUAGCCGCACGCAGGGUGGGGUGCAGCACGGAAUGGCCGGCAGGCCGGCUCCUGCCUCCAUCCCUUCCGGCCUUUCUUGAAGGCUCACCUGUCCUCCCUCCCAGCUCUAGAUGACACAAGGCUUGGCUUUCUCUGGCGUUCAUGCUGGUUCCAAGCAUUCAGGGGUCACAGGUGGUUUUCCUGGUCUUCGAUGCCCCUGUGGCCUGGUCUUCUUCCCCGUCCUCUGUCCUCUGUGCACUAACUGUGGCCUUGGCAGGUCCCCCUUUUCUACCUCCUCCCCAAAGCCAGGUGCCCGGCCCCUUCAUG